AAGACUAACACCAUGGGGGGACUAGAUGCACUCCGGCAGUUUAAUUUGCUCAAAUGGCUUAGAGAAGAGAGACAGUCCAGGAAACUUAUUCUCUUCAUCGUUUUUGUUGCUCUGCUUCUGGACAACAUGCUGCUGACUGUGGUCGUUCCCAUAAUUCCCAGCUAUCUGUACAACCUGGAUGAGUCGACAGACAUAGAGAUAAAGAACACCAGCCUGCUGCAGCCAGAGACUCCAGGAUCCUUCAGCAGCGUUGUGUCUCUGUACGACAACACCGUCAAGCUGUCGGGCUCCAACUCCACAGUCAGGCCCACUGACCUGGUUCCUAAAACCUCUGUUGGGACCCAGUUGCCACAGAAUUCAUCUGACUGCCCCCAGUCCACCAGCAAGCUGCUCAAUGAAAAUGUCAAAGUGGGAAUGUUGUUUGCCUCUAAGGCCACGGUGCAGCUCAUCACCAACCCCUUCAUAGGACCUCUUACAAACAGAAUAGGAUACCAACUUCCAAUAUUCGCUGGCUUCUGUAUUAUGUUUCUCUCUACUAUCAUGUUCGCCUUCUCAUCAAGCUACUCUUUGCUGUUUCUGGCCAGAUCCCUUCAAGGUGUGGGCUCGUCCUGUUCAUCAGUGGCUGGCAUGGGGAUGCUGGCCAGUGUGUACACAGAUGAUGAGGAGAGAGGUCACGCCAUUGGAAUCGCCUUAGGAGGACUGGCAUUGGGCGUGUUGGUUGGCCCCCCCUUCGGCAGUGUCAUGUAUGAUUUUGUUGGGAAAACGGCUCCUUUCCUUAUCCUGGCUUUCCUGGCAGUAUUUGAUGGAGCCCUGCAGCUCUUCGUUCUUCAGCCUACCAAAGUGGAACCAGAAAGUCAGAAAGGAACUCCACUGUUGACACUCAUGAAGGAUCCAUACAUUUUAAUCGCAGCUGGUGCCAUUUGUUUUGGAAAUAUGGCUAUUGCCAUGAUGGAGCCCACGCUGCCAAUCUGGAUGAUGGAGACCAUGUGUGCCAGGAAAUGGCAACUAGGCAUCGCCUUCUUACCAGCGUCCAUCUCCUACCUUAUUGGAACCAACAUCUUCGGCACGUUGGCACACAAGAUGGGGAGAUGGCUCUGUGCUCUCAUUGGAAUGGUGGUGGUUGGGUUCAGUGUAUUAUGUGUUCCAUUUGCCAGUGACAUCUAUGGUUUAAUUCUUCCAAACUUUGGUGUUGGUUUUGCUAUUGGAAUGGUAGAUUCCUCUAUGAUGCCUAUAAUGGGUUACUUGGUGGACCUGCGACAUGUGUCUGUGUAUGGAAGUGUGUAUGCCAUUGCUGACGUGGCGUUCUGUAUGGGAUUUGCUUUAGGUCCAUCCAUCGGAGGAUCCAUAGCUGAGAGCAUUGGCUUCCCCUGGCUGAUGACCAUCAUUGGAAUAGUGGAUAUUUUCUUUGCCCCUCUUUGCAUCUUCCUCAGGAACCCACCAGGACAAGAAGAGAAAAUUGUCCUGUAA